CGGAUUCAAUAUGGACGAUACGGCAAAGUAGUUCAACCAAAGUUAUCUUAUACAGUAUUUGACCUUUCACAAGCUAUAUUGACCAGCAAUUAAUAACGUCAAUCCUUGGCAGUAAAUUGGAGAUGAAGUAUUGUGGGCAAUAAAUGUAAGAGCUGUUAUGGGAGUAAUGCCAUGCAGACGCAUGAAUCAUAAGUGAUAUAGCCCCCGAGCCUGUAAUUCUUUAGAAUGUUGUGAUGAAAGUUUUACCUUUUCAUUCCUAUUAAUUUUAAUUUUUCCGUUUAACUUCCACUCUUUAAUUUUAUGAUUAAAAUUGUUUGUUUGUUAGAUUAGUGCACCACUUUUGAUGGGAUAAUUCACAAUCAGUUACAUUCCUGGAGAACAUAACGUGAGUCCUCUCCUCAUUUCGCCGAAGAACCCAGAUGACCGAGCAUGUGACAGGACGUGAUGGCAUCAUCGUACUCUUCGUGUGAGCUGUUCUUGUCACGGAGCGCCACGCUUGAGAAGUUGAAAACCAGUCAGGGGAGGAUGCUGUGGACGUCACGUUAGAUUUUAAAACAACCAAUCUUGGCCCAGUUUACCUUGUCUGGAACCUUUAAAGACCUGACAUUUAUUAUCAUUCACGUUUAUGCUCGAGUGCAUGAGUCGGAGACCCGCUUUGACAGUGACAUGGCUGAGGCUCCACCGCUCCAAGUAGACCCGGACUUUGAGCCUCUCAGCCGGCCGCGUUCUUGCACCUGGCCGCUGCCGGAGCUCAUCGACCCGGCCAGCUCCGCCACAUCUUCCCCGGCUCCAUCGGUGCAGCAGGAGCAGUCGGGAAACUGCGAGUUCCCGCGUAACCUGUGCUUGUUGGAGGAGGACCCGGAGCACGAAUUGCACGUGUCCCACUCUUCGGGGAUGCACCUCCACCAACACCUGCAGCAGCCGCCCCCGCAGCUAGCGCCCCAGCAACAAGUGGGUCCUCCUGGCGCGGCGCCCUUGGGUGGCUCCAGCCAGAGGAAGAGCAACUCGUCCCGUCGCAACGCUUGGGGGAACAUGUCGUACGCCGACCUCAUCACCAGAGCCAUCGAGAGCUCACCCGAGAAGAGACUUACCCUGUCUCAGAUUUACGACUGGAUGGUGAAGAGUGUCCCUUACUUCAAGGAUAAAGGGGACAGCAAUAGCUCUGCGGGGUGGAAGAACUCCAUCAGACACAACCUUUCGCUGCAUAGCCGCUUUGUGCGUAUUCAGAAUGAGGGAACAGGAAAAAGUUCAUGGUGGAUGCUAAACCCAGAGGGAGGGAAGAAUGGCAAGUCGCCUCGGCGCAGAGCCGCCUCAAUGGACAACAACAGCAAGUUCGCCAAAAGCCGAGGAAGAGCCACAAAGAAAAAGAUGGCUCUCCUGGAUGGGGCUGAAGCAGGAGCGAGCAGUCCUGGUUCCCAGUAUUCCAAUUGGCUGGGAAGUCCAAGCUCCCACAGCAACGAGGAUUUUGAGUCCUGGAGCUCUUUCAGAACCCGCGCCAGCUCGGACGCCAGCACCCUGAGCGGCCGUCGUUCACCUUUCUCCUCCGAGCAGGAUGACCUCGGGGAAGGCGAGGGUCACCUUAUGUACCCCGGGGGGAGUAAGAUUGCCCCUCCCCUCCCCAGCCUGUCUGAAGUGUCUGGAUCCAUGGGGGGUUCAGAGAUGGUCAUGGAGAACUUGGCGGAUAACAUGAAUCUGCUGUUCCCGAAAAACCCCCAACUGGGUUCUGACUCCUCUAAUGUUGCCAUGCUUCAGAGCGGUCCCUAUAACAACCCCCAGGCGCAACAGGACUUCCGAAAAUGCAUGUACCCUCAGGCCAGGAUGAAUUCAAUGUCCCCUGUCCCUCUGCAUCCGCUGCGAGAGAACAAGCAGGACUAUGACACUUAUGAGAAUCAAUAUAUCUGUCCGACUGGCCUCCUUAAAGAGCUGAUGUCCACCGAAGCCGACACAAGUCGAAACUUGAUUCCCUUUAAGGAGUCACCAAUUCCUCACGUCGGGAGGGGCCGUUGCCCAGUGCCCACCUAUGACAGCCAGAGACAAUUGGGGGUACAUAACGGCAGCAAAAUGAUCCAUCCCGCUCAGAGCCUGGCCGCCCGUCACGUAAAUCCGCAAGCUUUACAUAAUCAGGCUCCUCCGUCCUCGCGGGAUUUGAAUAGCGGCAACAUGAUCCCUUUGACCAGUCUGAGCAGUCUUUCGGGGGGCCCUCGUCAAAUGUCAAGCUUGAGGACACACAUGCAACUAUCACGUGGUCACCUGGACUCCACUCGUGAUUUCAUGUCUCCCUACCGCAGCAGCAGCGGCGGCUACAGGGAGCUUCACCCACACGCUCAUCACCAGGAGCGGCUGCCCAGCGAUCUGGACAAUAUGUCCAUUGAAAGGUUUGAAUGUGACAUGGAGUCCGUCCUCCAUGACACUCUCAUGGAUGGCGGGGCGCUGGACUUCAAUUUUGAUCCUGCAGCCGGGUCUCAAGUGUUCCCCCAGAGGGUGUAGACCACCACACACAGAUGGGUGUCGGGCUGAGGCAAAAAUGAUUUGUGAUACUCCACAGAGUAGCUUAUGUUAAAGUUGUUGUCUUCAGUUGCCAUUUUAGGUCUAUCAAUGCAAUGUAUUCCAUUGAAAUGUCUUUGUUUUGCUCCUCAGUAAAUACUGGCGAUAAGUACUGUAUUUUUAAUAUCGGUGAACAGUAUGUACGUGCAGUUAAGUGGCAAAUUAUUCCUAGACUGGCCAAAAUCAUCUUGUGUUGAAGUGAAUUUCUAAUUUUGAAAUGGGUAGCGAGGAACGGCACCAAAUGACGGCAAAAAGACAUGUUAUAUUGGAGAUUGCUUUUAUAUAUAUUUUUAAUGAUUCAUAUCCAUGAUCUUAUCAAACUCUUCUGAAGAAAAAUGCCCCCAACUUCAAUUCUUGCAUAAUAUAUUCUAAGGAAUUUUGAAUAGUGGAUAUGUAUGACGUAUGGAGAUUUAGAUUUCGAUUUAGCAUAUUUAUGAAAUAUUUUGCCAUUUGUUAGUAAAGACUGAGAAAAUUGGAUUUGUUGUACUUUUUAAAAUACUUGAACCCCUUUUCUGUGGAAUACUUGAGCCCAGACACACGCAGACUCUAUAUCCAGCGGCCCCCCCACAUAAGGUGAAUUUGACACCCCUGUGUUAACUGUAUCACAUCAUUUAUAAACAGUGUGAUAUUUAUUUAUUGUUAUUUUUUUCUGUAGCUGUGACUGUUGACCAUUCUUGUCUAAAGUACAAUAAUAAUGUGUUUGCUUUUACUGAAUGUGGCUUGUAUUUAUGUCAAGAUGAGAGUGCAUACCUUGAGUUCAUAAAUGCAGUAAUGAGGCAGAUGAUUGCAAAUACAUUUCGGGAAUUCUUCUGCCAAUGAUUUUUUUUGUUGUUUUUAUUUUAUCUUUUUUUUUUUUUUUGCUGGAAUGUGUUUUCAUGUAAAAUUAAAGGGAUGCUUCUUAAUCGAAUUGAGCAAACAUGCACUGUAUUAUUUUUUUUAGCUGUACAUUUUAGCAGAGAGAGCUGUUGCUGUCUGUAAUAUUUCUUGUUCAUCUCAUUCAAAAGAAAUGCCAAUUCACUGUGCCUACAUACUCGCGCUGUCAGACUGUUGUACGUACUCGGUUCUUAAGUCAUUCAUAUCCGUUUUUCAUGUAUAUACCCGAAUGUUGUACUGUAUGUGUGAUCGUAACCAUUUGUUUUUAUAUAUCUCAAUUCAAACUAUAGCCGUAAAUAUAUGAACCUUCAAUACCUCAAAAUAUUUUUACCUCUUAAACUUUGAAGGGAAUAUAUUGCCCCUGCUGUCAUGUUAUUUGCUUUGUUGUACAUAUAUUUUUGUUUGAAUUGAAUAUAUCUGAAAGCGGCGUCUUAUGGAUAUGUUCAGAAUCUUGUCUGCCGAAGUUGUCUUUUGCAUAUGUUCUUUGUAAGAUGAUUCUCGCCAUGAGUUUCUAUCGUAAAUAUUGUCUGCCACGAGAAAAGCAAUAAACUAAAAUGUAUCGUUUUGUAAUAUGACAUUGAUUUGUCUGUUUCAUAAUUUUGAAAGAGACGUACUUUGUAAUCUAAUAAAGUGGAAAACCUUGAUCGAA